UUUGUUUUCAAUGUAUUGUCACAAGAAAACUCAAUAAGGUUCUCUUCGUCUGCUGCAGAAAUUCAAAUGGAGCACUGGCAUUAAAUGGAUCGUAAAUCCAUGCAAAUUUAUCAAUAUUAUCAUUUCGAAAAUAUUUCUUAAACCAGGUGAUAAGCUGUGAUAAAUAUUCUUCAAAAAUCAACUCCGUUGGAGGUCAAAAACUGUUGCAACAAAGGGAAACAUUUCUUUUCCUCUGUCUUCAUUUAUUUUUCUUUUCCAUAGUUUUAAUUUAUUUACAAAAGCUGAAAUUUCUCAAUCGAUUUUAAAUUUUGCAUGCUGCUUCCCUGCAGGAAGAUAUUAGAUCAUCCAGCUUUUCAAAAAGUAUCACAUAAGUAUGCUAGUUUUACCAAAAAAUCUUCAUUUACAAAAUUUUCGGCAUACUUGUGGUCUUCCUCUUUAAGAAAAAAUAUAAAUUUUCUGUCGCAGUUCAAACAUACAAGACAAGGCAAACAUUACCACGAGAGGUAUCGCUCUCUCGUGGUAAUGUUUUGUACUUUCUCAAAGUGCUGUAGUACAAUAAAGACAUGUGCUCAGAUCCCAUAUCCUCACAUAGUUUUGUGAAAAAUCUUGCCUUCAAUAGCUGAGGUUUUAUAAAGUUUACUACAUUUACUACAUAUUCUAAGGCCUGGUUCAAUGUAGGACUCAGAUAUUUUGAUGACAGUGUUUCCCUGUGAAUAAUGCAAUGGGUUUACAGUGCAUCAGUGUCUUUGCUUAAAAAAAUGCACUGCAAUCCUGCAUAAACCCGAACAUAAAAUGAGUACCAUUAGUACAGAUACCAAUGCAUUUGGUCUUCUCCAAAUUAUUAUCAUAUAUAAAAAUAUCAAGGAUCUCAAACAAGUCGUGAGCCUUAGUAUCAGCAGCAAUACUUUUACAAAAUAGAAAGCCUUCUGUAUAAACUGUUCAUAGAAAAUCAAGUGAGCAUCAUUAUUAUUAUCUGUGCCCUCAUCCAGCUGCAACCCAAAUUCCUUCCCUUUUAUUUUUUCAGUUAACUGAACAUUGGAGGUCCUUUGCUAUGUGCUGUAUUCUGUGACUGAUGGUGUUAUUGGACAAAGGCACUUUUGCCGACCCACCAAUCAUAAUGUUCACCAUAUCUACAGCAGUCAAUAGAAUGAAUUUUUCUGCGAUGUAUCAGUAUCAAGAAUGAAGAUGAAGAUGUAAUAAUAAAAGAAUUAGAAAGUCUCGUAUUAAAAUAUCCAAUGUUAAAAAUGAAGAAAAAACCGUUUUCCAGACAAACUUUAAAAAAUGCCGAAUUAAACGAAGACGGCAAAUUGAAUAAGAAGUACAGAAACGAUCUCGUACUCGGUAUCAAUGCCGUAACCCGUGCUUUAGAAAAGGAUUUGAUGGCUGCCGUCGCAAUAGCUCGUGGUGCCAAUCCUCCUCACCUCACGAAACACAUAUUACCAUUGUGUGCUACAAGAAAUGUGCCCGUAGUUACUCUGAAGGAACUGAAUAAUGCAUUGGCUAAAUUAAUGAAUAUUUCUUCAUUAAUGGCACUUGGAAUUAAGCGGCCUGCAGAACAAUCCACGUCCAUUUUUCAUAAUCUGUGGAAGAUUAUUUGUGAGAAAGCAGCUAGCAUUCCCAGUCCUUUGGACCCGUUCCAGGUGAAUUCAACCGAAUAUUCUGUUGUUGAAAUCGAAGACAAGGACCAGGAUCGAGACGAGCAUGGUUUGCAGAAAGUCCCGAAAGAAAGUGAACAUCCAUAUUCUUCCCCAAUGGCGGCAAGUCGCGAAAUCCAUUGCCCGAAUUUCCUAUCUUUAGAGACCGAAAGAGACAAAUUGACUUUUCCAGUUUACGAAUUGCCCAAGAACAUUUCUGUUCGGAUCCUAGACCGUCCCCGGAUGGAAAUGGGAGCAGAAGUUAAAUUGCAGGCGGCCAAAUUGAAACGUGUAAUUCCGUCUGGAAGAAUUAAAAUGAAAAAGAAGAAAGUGUAAUUGCAACUGUUCUAGUGUUUCACUUAUUGAUGAGAAAUGAAAAUAUAUUUCAUUUUGUGGUUA